AUGAGCCGGUCUACUCUAGUCCGGGCCCUCCUGUGCUGGACCGCCCUGCUGUGUGCCCACAAUGUUGCUUCACAACAAUUGUAUUGUAGGAGCCCGAGCUACACACCUACUGGACCCGCAGAUCCCAUUGCCAAGUUCCCAGUGUGUGAUGGGAAACCAGGCUACAUCCAGGUCUCCAGCGCCUCCUCUAGUCUAUCUGCAUCCUUAGGAGGAUCCAUGAGUGGUGGAAGCAGCUCCCAGUCUGGACAAGCCAACAUCCAACAAUCCAAUACUGGAGGCAGCAUGCAAAGUAGUGGCGGCACCUGGGCAGCUGGUGGUGGAGGAGGAGGUGGUGGUGGUGGCGGAGGAGGAGCUGGUGGUGGUGGUGGCGGAGGAGGAUCAUCUAUCCAUAGCAGUUCUGGAGGAGGUGGAGGAAGUUCCCAAAUCAUUGCAGCAGGGGGAAGCUCUUCCCAUCAAAGCUCUGUCAUUGUUGGAUCAGGUGUUAUUGUCCCAUCACGUGGAGGAAGCAGUAGUGGGGGAGGUGGAGGUUCAUUCUUCCAGAGUGGCUCCUCCUCUUCUUCUGGCUCCAGUAGUGGAGGUUCAUUCUCAGGAUCAGCAGGUGGAAGUCGAGGUAGCGGUUCUUCAGUCAUUAUCGAAACAGUGAAGAUUGUCCCGGGCCAAGGAACUGGUGGAGGUUCAUUUAGCCAGAGUUCCGGAGGAGGCGGUUCAUUUUCAUCCAGUGGAGGCCAGUUUUCUAGUGGAAGUGGAGGCCAAUUCUCUGGUGGAAGUGGAGGCCAAUUCUCUGGUGGAAGUGGAGGUUCAUUUUCUGGUGGAAGUGGAGGCCAAUUCGCUGGUGGAAGUGGAGGCCAAUUCUCCGGUGGAAGUGGAGGAAGUGGAGGCCAAUUCUCUGGUGGAAGUGGAGGCCAAUUCUCCGGUGGAAGUGGAGGCCAAUUCUCCGGUGGAAGUGGAGGCCAAUUCUCUGGUGGAAGUGGAGGCCAAUUCUCUGGUGGAAGUGGAGGCCAAUUCUCCGGUGGAAGUGGAGGCCAAUUCUCUGGUGGAAGUGGAGGCUCAUUCUCUGGUGGAAGUGGAGGCCAAUUCUCUGGUGGAAGUGGAGGCCAAUUCUCUGGUGGAAGUGGAGGCUCAUUCUCCGGGGGAAGUGGAGGCCAAUUCUCUGGUGGAUCUGGCACUGCAUCUGGUGGUUUACCAUCAUCCAUUUCAUAUAAGCUUCCAGCUGGAGUAAACGUAAAGGACGUUCCCGUGUCCCCCGGAUGUGAUAAAAAGAAUAUACAACCCGGUCAAGGAUCCCACAAUGUUGGAGGGUCCGGAAAUACUGGUGGAAUCGGUGGUGGGUUCUCUCAGAUCUCACAAACCCAUGGCGGAGGAUCUGGAGGAACCGGCAGUGGAACCGGAACAGGAGGCACUGGAGGAACAGGAGGCGGAUUCUCACAAAUCUCUCAAUCCCAUAGUGGAGGCUCUGGAGGAAUUAGUGGUGGUACAGGGACAGGAGGUACUGGAGGAACCGGAGGUGGAUUCUCCCAAAUAUCUCAAUCCCAUGGAUCAUCGAAUAGUGGAGGCGCUGGAGGAACCGGAGGUGGAUUCUCCCAAAUAUCUCAAUCCCAUGGAUCAUCGAAUAGUGGAGGCGCUGGAGGAACCGGAGGUGGAUUCUCACAGAACUCACAAUCCCAAAUCAAUCGAGGCUCCAGUGGAGGAUCGAUACACCAAGGAAGUUUGAGUGGAGGAAGCUUCUCCCAAAGCCAACAAUCGCAAAAUCAAGGUUCAUCAGGUUCUAUACAACAACAAAUUCCCCAGUCUGGAUGAAGAAUCUAUGAUGGAGCAUGAAUUAAGUCAUUACGGAGGACGUCGCUCCUCAUUCUGCUGCCAAACGCUGUGAGCAAAGACAUUUUUUUAUAAGUCAAAAUAGAAAUUGUAUAUAUUUAUUUUUGUACCGAUUCUCCCUCAGCCCCGCCCUGGGUCUCUUACAGAAGGUAGUCCAUAUGGUCUCAUCGAUGACAGCUUCUCCUCCGAACAUGUUGUUUCUCUUCCAGUCCACUGAACAAGCUCCCGCCGGGGGUGUUAUGUGCCAUACAAAGUAUUUGUAUAGUUCUUUGUUACAAAAAAAAAAUAUAUAUAUAUUAUGAUUCAAUGUGAAUUUGUGUUUUUAAUAUGUGCAAUAAAUCCUGCAGAGGAUGUGUCAGAAGAAAUUAUAAUUUGACCCUAAUUAUUUGUGUUUGCUACUGUUCUAAAAUACA